CUUAUCAUCCAGGGCACAAAUAUGACUAUAAAAGUAAAGUUAGUUUUGCAGCCUGUCUCACAGCUCUGUGUGGAUUUGUCAUAACAACAAUGUGCAACGCAAAAUGCUGGCUAAUAUCUGGAUCUGUCAUUGGGGGGCUGUUGGCGAUACUUGGUGGAAUUCUCAUACCUGUGGGAGAUAUUAUCAUUAAGGGGAAAAUAGAUAAGGAAGCAGUCAUUGAGAAGGGAACUAUUGCUUUUGAAAACUGGGAGAAAACAGGAAGUCCUGUCUACAGGCAGUUUUGGAUAUAUAAUGUCUUAAAUCCUGAAGAAAUUAUAAAUGGAUCAAAACCAGUAUUACAACAAAAGGGCCCGUACACUUAUCUUGUCCGACAUCUACCAAAAUCUAACAUCACACAGAAUAAUAACGACACAGUGUCUUAUCUACAGCCAAAUUCUGCUGAGUUUCAACGACAUAUGUCUAUUGGCUCUGAUAAUGACAGUUACACCGUGCUAAACCUUGCUGUUGCUGCGGCACCCACACUCUUUCCAAUUCCAGGGCUUAUAAACACAAUAAUUAAAAGAACAAAUUCUUCACUUUUUCAAGUCAGAAGUGUUAAAGAGCUGAUAUGGGGAUACGAAGAUCCAUUUUUAAAAGGACUACUCCCUGAUACAACAACAGGAGUGUUUUAUCCGUAUGAAGGAACAGCAGAUGGUGUUUAUACUGUGUAUAAUGGCAAGGAUGAUAUCAGCAAAGUUGCAAUGAUUGACAGAUACAAGGGAGAAAGGACCCUCUCAUACUGGAAAGAUAACUAUUGUGACAUGUUAAAUGGAACAGAUGCUGCUUCCUUUCCCCCAUUUGUUAAAAAGGAUAAACUAUACUUUUUUCCCUCUGAAAUCUGCAGAUCUAUAUAUGGAUUGUUUGAAAAAUCUUAUAAGCUGAAGGGGAUUGAACUCUAUCGAUUUGUACUGCCAGAAAUGGCACUUGCAUCCCCCACAAUCAAUCCAGAUAACCAGUGUUUUUGUACAGACCAACUUCUAUCACGAAAUUGCACAGCCGCCGGAGUACUGGACCUCAGAGCCUGUCAAGGUGGUAAGCCAAUUUUCCUUUCACUUCCUCACUACCUGUAUGCAAGCGAUUUCUUCCUGGACCAAGUGACUGGACUGAAACCAAACGUAGAAGAACACCAGACAUACAUAGAUGUGGAACCUCUAACUGGAUUUACUAUGCAUUUUGCAAAGCGAUUACAAGUCAAUCUAAUGUUUCAGAAAACAGACAAAAUAGAAAUCAUGGCAAAUCUACAGUCAGACUAUUUGUUCCCUGUUUUAUGGCUAAAUGAGACUGCCACCAUUACAGAUGAGUCAGUAAAUGAAUUCAAAAAUAGUGUAACUGUCCCCACAACAGCACUGGGCAUAGUGCAAAUAGUAUUUAUGUGUGCUGGUGCUGUUGUCUUCCUAGCAUGCUCAAUAACACUCUGUGUCACACGUGGCAAAAAAAGGUAAACAUGGAUAGAAUUUGCAAAUCUUUCAAUUUUGGAAAAUACAACAAUAAAGAGAACAUGAACAGUUAAAAAAAAAUUGGGCCUAUUUUCACUCAUAUAAGCAAACACAAUGCUACAAUUGUAAAAGGAUUCCAUAUACUUUUAAAAAAGAAAAUAUUGUGAAGAAAUUAUGAUACAUGAUAAAAUGCGUGUAUGUUAUAAAUAAUUCAUACAUCACAAAUAACACACAAGGUGUUAUAUAUAUUUCAAUAUGUAAAUAAUUUUUUUGUAAUAAAUGUUUUUUUACAAGUCCUAAAGGUAAUUGUCCUACUUAGAUUUUGGAAUAUUUUGAAUUCAGUAAUGUCAGAAAUAUAACAGGAAUGGUAAAACAAGUGCUGUUUUCACAUUAAUUCCUACCACUGAAUGUUUUUAUAGAACAAAUGUUAAUUUUGCUAUUUUGAAAGUGAGUAUUUUUGUCAAUUAAAGGGUUUUUAUUAUGCUUUGUCCACACUCCUUAAAGAGCCCAAAAAAGCAAAAUCUGUCAAAAUCCUGCAAAUUUGUCUUUCUCCAAGGAGAGUGAGACAAACCACUAUUUUUACUCAAAACAAUGAGUGUUUAAUGUAUUUUAAACUGUAUCGUUUGAAUGUUUCAUUGUCUAAGAGUUCAAUGUACUUCUAUGAUACUUUUUCUUUAAAGGGACACUCAAUCAAAUUUAAACUUUCAUUAUUCAGAUAGAGCAUGCAAUUUUAAACAACUUUCCAAUUUACUUCCAUUAAAAAAAAUGUGCACAGUCUUUUUAUAUUUAAACUUUUUGAGUCACCAGCUCCUACUGAGCAUGUGCAAGAAUAAGUGUGUAUGCAUUUGUGAAUAGCUGAUUGAUGUCACAUGGUACGUGUAUGCAUUUGUGAUUGGCUAAUAGCUGUCACAUGGUACAGGGGGAGUGGAA